AUGGCAAUAAUCAGUACUAAGAAACUCAUCAAAAUGGUUAAGAAAUGGCAGAAGUUUGCAGCCACGCAGAGGAAGAGGAUUUCAUUUCCAAGAAAUAGUAGUGAUGCAGAUAGUUGCAGUACAUCCACAUCCUCUAUUGUUGAAAAAGGCCAUUUUGUAUUAUAUACAGUCGAUCAAGUACGCUUCGUGAUUCCCUUGGCUUAUCUUGAAUAUGAGUCCAUUCAGCAACUUUUAAACAUGUCCGAAGAAGAAUUUGGGCUGCCGACUGGUGGUCCUAUUACAUUACCUUGUGAUUCAGCCUUCAUGGACUACAUCAUUUCGCUAGUUAAAAAAUGUGUAACUGCAGGAGAUCUUCACAAAGCGUUGCUCCUCUCAAUUCCUUCAUGUUGCUAUUCAACUUCAUAUUCACACCUAGAAAGUGGAAACAAACUACUUCUUGUUUGUUGA